AUGAAAAAAGAUCAGAAACCCAAAGAAAAUCCUAUACAAGGCAAACCUCUUGUGGAAAAAGAGGAAGGUGGGAGUAAAGCAUAUGUGAUAUUAAUUAGCAGUAUUGUAACUCUUCUCAUUGCGAUGAUACUCACAUCUGAUAUGCUCUUCAGUAAACAACGGGAUGAAGAGACUCAAAACUCUAAUGGGGAUUCCAUACAUGCCCCACCAGCACCCCAUUUUACUUCUAAUGUUCAAACCACAGACUCCACCGAUAGUGUAGAAGAAACAUCUCAUUUACAAAAAGUCUCAGAAGCAUCCUGUUAUACACUGGAGGAGUAUAGUCUAAAGUUUAUUGCACCCCAUAAGAAUCGUAAAGGGGAUAAUAAUAAUAAUCGUAUGCAGUACUUUUUCCGAUGUGGAACUCGAUUGAUUGAUUUAAAUACCGAGAGAAACCAAAGUAAGGUAGAACUAUGUAUGAAAAAGGAGAAGCAGCAGCCAAAAACUACUACUAUGUCUACUUUAACUUCAAAUUCCAUGUUCUCAUCACUGCGUGUGUAUUUGGAAGAUGCCUAUGAAGUGCAAUUACACCUUGAACAACAAUAUAAUGUGGCUGCCCAACGUAUUCCUCUAGAGAGACUAAAUGAUGAUUACUGUGAUUGUUUAGAUGGAACAGAUGAACUCCAGACAAGUGCUUGUAGUAUGUCUGGUGCUGUAUCUCCAUUAAGUCAUGAACGAUGGAAACGUUAUUUAAUCGCCAAUGCACAUGUUCGUUUAUAUCAUGAAGAAGAACCGCCAUCUGAACAGCGAACGGCACGUCUUUUACGUCGAUUAGGUGGUCCUGUAUUACCUUUUGCAUGUCGUGGGGAUUCUAAUGUUUGGCUUGCCCCUUCACGUGUAGGGGAUGGUGUUGUUGAUUGCUGUGAUGGAAGUGAUGAAGAAAAGAAGGAAAAGGAAAAGAAAGAAGAAGAAGAAGAAAAAGAAGAAGAAGUAAAGAAACAAUGGAAAUUGCAUGUAUUAGCGCUUCAACCAUAUCUUCAUACCGAUAGUGGGAUGAUGUCUAUGUUGUCUCCCACUAUAGGAGGAAAACGCACAGUGGCGGGUAUGUUGUUAGAUAAAGAUCUCACUUCUCUCAUGUCUUGUCGUCGAGUAAAAGAGGAACGACUGCGGGAUGCCCGUGGGUUGGCAGCAAUGGUAAAAGAAGGAAACAUUAUAUAUAAACAACGUAAAGCCGAAGGAUGGGAACGGUAUGGUAAACAAAUCGUACAGGAUAGAGAUGAAAUGAAGAAGAAGGUACAGACAAUUUCAGAGGAAUUUGAUCAAGAACGAAAGAGAAUAAUUCAUUUAAUGGAAAUGGCACAAACACGAGAUCCCUUCGCUGCUGGAGUAACAAAUGAUGAAUUGAUGGCUUUAGAUAAUCUUUACAGGAAAUUGGAACAAGAGGCAUUAGAAUUACGACAUAUACAACUUAUGCUUACCUUUCGAUGGCUUGGAAAUGAUUUUGAGUAUUAUCCACUUGCUCAAGGAGAGUAUGAGAUACCAUUAGAACGUGUUGUUUACACAGCAGAAAGUAAUGCCGUAAGUAUACAGGAAGAACGUGAAAGACAUCUUUAUAAUACAACAUUUCUAUUAGAUACCCCACCAGAGUAUGUGGAUAAUACCACAUAUGAACAUUUUGCAUUUCGUCCAUAUCUUUAUAUAAUGGGUACAAUCCAAUUAACAUCCGAACAUCGCCGACUUUUAAAAGAACGUGAUGAAUUAUUGAAUGUGAAUAAAAGCUCCAAUACAUCUCAGCCAGAUUAUAAUAAUAUACGUGGACCACCGGUGAUAUUUGGGUAUUGGAUACCAGACAAGACUGAAAUAUCAUUACAAAAGUUUACUGCUAUGGAUAAUGCUGGUGGUGUAUUACUACGGCGACGUCUCUUUAUGUAUGAAGAACAUCCCAUCAUGGGUGGAAUGGAACAGUCUUUAUUACAUGAACGGUAUCAUUAUACAGGAAAUAAAAGACGUGUUCUUCGUGUGCCAUCUAAAGAUAAUAAAAAUCCCUCUACAAGAGAACAAGUAGAAAGAGCCGCUGGUGUCAGUAAAGACAUGGUGGAAGUGGAAAUACCACAUCAGUAUAAUACACCAGAUAUGGCUGCGGUUCAGUUAUUUCUUGGCGGUGCAUCAUGUGGAUUGAGGAAUGAAAAGGAAAAGGAGAAAAAUGGAAAUACACAUGAUGAUAAAGUAUCAGAUACCAAUAACUCAAAUAAUAAUGAGAAUAAUGAGAAUAAUAAUAAUAAUAAUAACGAAGAGAGUGAGAAGACUAUGAAUACUUUACUAAGUGGAGGACGAGUGGUCUAUGUCUGUGCUCCUGCCGAUAGUAUAUUAGAGUGGUAUCGUAAUGGGAAUUGUCAACAUGAAGUUCUCUUUGGUUCUCCAAGUGCCUGUUCACAAUGGACUCUGGAAAGGGCAAAGGAACGUUUACAGCAGGCGGAAGAGGCAUUACGGCAAGAAGAAGAAAAAGAAAAGGAAGGAGUCAAUCAACAGAAGAAGGAAGCGGUAAAUACGCAAUAA